AUGGGGAUUGUAGCUUCAUUAUAUGGUUGCUUGGAAUAUUCCAAAGAGCCAACAUUGGAAACUAGUGAAGAUACAGUUGCAAACAUGAUAGGAGGUCAUGACUUCAGAAGAAGAUUAGAUAGUUAUGGUUGUUUCAUGGAGACAAUUUUUCAGACAAGCGCAGGAGCUGUGGUGCUCACCGACGCCAUUCCCAUGGUUUCGGAUGGGAUAUUUCGUGCUAUGGAGUUGUCUCUACAUUGUCUUCCAAUGGAUCAUCCACGCAUAUGGAUUAUUAACUUGGAAAGCAGAGAUCAUCUACUAUGUAGAUCCUAA